AUGUUUUCCUUCAAAGUAGAGAUCGAUUUCACCGGCUACAGUUUCAUUGUGCCUUCUGUUAGUGUGGGAAACGUUCCACAGCUUGCAGUCGAUGCCGUGAUCGAAACGCUGCAACUCGAACCGAUUGGAUUGCUGUGGUCUCCCGCUCUAAUUCCUAUCGUCGGUGCGCCAGCAUUCGAACAUACAAACAACGACAACACCGUUACCACCACGGCCGAGCUAUACAUCUCGAAGGCAGGGAAACUGCUGGUGCUACAAAUCCGAGCACCAUUGGUCGGUCCACUCCGGCAAUCCUUCCUGGACGAGUUGAGCGAGUUUGUGCGUGAGCGCAAAUUCUCGCGCGUGUUCCUUCUGGCCAGCUGUUUCUCGCACGAAAAGUUCGACAUACGCACCGGACCAUUCCGGUACGUUGCCAACGAGCUGUACGAACAAACGGGCGAUGCUGCUGGUCGUCUGCAGGACGAACGGUGGACAAAACAUGUGGGAGGCGUUAUACACGGUGGAGGAUACGCGACAAAACUGUUGGAAGCACUCACGGUACGCAGUGUUCCGGCCGUAAUUUUCUUCAUGUACGUUUCGGAGGGUGAUAAUACGGCGGAAGGGUUGUUGCUAGCUCGCAUGCUGAAUGCGCUCACGGGCGAUCGAUUGUUGCCGGCCGGUAAGUCAGACUUCCGGUGGCCCAACUCAUGGAAGCAUCUGUUCGGCACAUCACAUCCCAGAUCGUUGUAUUGA